AUGCGUUGCUCUCGUCGGGAGCGCGCUCGCACAUUCCUUUUCACUACGCUCUUGUUCGUACUCUCCUUUACCGCCACCCUUGCAGACUCAGCAAAUGUUCAUGGUUACCGGGCCCAUCAUGCCUGGCGCAGACGGGCACCUCUAGAUGCCGUUCCCAGAGAUGUGCCAACAACAUUGACGUCCCAGGACUUGCCAGUGCCUAGUAUUAGCAGUGUCCUGCAAUCCGUGCUCCCUACUGUGACUACUCCUCCGACCUCACUUUCCUUGAUUCCAGUGCCAUCUCUGACGACAUCUUCUUCGUCCACUCCUUCUCCAACAAGUCUGUCAGCGACGAAUCCUACGACAACCUCUAGUUCUUCUAGCUCUUCGACCCCUACGCCGUCAACCAGUAGUACUACCAGUACCACUAUCCCGACAACAAGCAGUGGGACUUCUCUUUCACAAUCUACCGUUUCUCAGUCUUCCUCUUCCUCUUCUCAGUCUUCCUCUACUGCCAAACCUUCCACAUCCGCUGCUGCUGCUGUCGGUGCAACAACGCUGGUUACAUUUACAUCAGCCACGCCAGUAUAUUCAGAACCAGCCACAAGUUACGCAACUGGAACGACAACUUCUUCUACUCCUUCGAGCACGUCCUCUUCCAACUCUGGAUUCUUCUCAAACACAGGAGCAGUCGCCGGAACAUUUACUGUUGCUGGCCUGCUCAGUGUUGCUGGAAUUAUCGGAGCUGGGAUGUUAAUUGCAAGACGCCGCGCCUCUCGCUCGUAUGAAGAUGAUAUGGAGUACCUCGAGAAGCGGCCAGAGCCUGCUAUAGAGCCCUCUCAGAGUCAGGAUUUCGUCGUCGGAGAUGCCGAAGAUUCCUCAGACAUGGAUCACUUCGGCAACUCAAUGGAAGUUACCGUCCCGCCUGCCGCACAUUUCUAUUCCCAGCAGGAUGUAUACUUUGCUCAUGGUCAGACAGCCAACACGAGCGAAGGUUAUGAAAACCAAGGCUACUAUCCACAGGAGACGUACGCUCCCCAUGACUAUGGUAUAGCAUACCCCCCGAUGGAAUCUUAUGUGGCAGAGGAUGCUUACGGAGGGAUGGAUGAAGCGUAUGCAGGGAUGCCAAACCCCUUUGGCGAAGUUGCAUCAGAGUUACCAGCUGCCUUGCAGCCCUCUGGUCAGCAACCUCGAACGGUAAAUCUUCCUCCUUCUGCGUAUCGUCCUCAGGAUCUCCACCACUCCCUCGAUUCCUUCUACGGUUCUUCUACGGGAGCUUCGCACGGACACGUCAUGUGA